UUUUAUGUGUAUUUUAAAUUAUUUUGCUUAGAGUUUUGCUUGUAACUUUGAUUUUGAUUAUUUAAUACGAUAUUUGUCGACUAGGUACCUAGACUAUUAAAUCGGGCAGAAACUACAUAUUUUUUUGUGUUUUCUGGCCCAUGUGUGGCCGCGACGCCAUCUUGAGUGUCACGUGGUUUGAAUUGCCUAAUUGUACCUCGUCGACCUUAGUGGGACACCCUGUAUAAUAUUUAUUUUUAGGACUUAAAAAAUAUAUCUAAUACAAAUUUCCACUAUUUUCAAUUCAUUAUGUUGAAAAACGAGGCUAGAAAACGUCAAGAAUAAUAAAUUCAAGAAAGCAAAUUUCUGAAUUGUAUUUUAAAUACAACUACUAUCAAAUAUUUUUGACGAAAACUCCAACAAUAUGAAGCUGAAGCUUAGUUUGGUUAUAUUACUUGGCUAUGGAAUCGUUUUCUCGAUGUUUCUUCGCAUGGCAGACCUUUUCAGAAUCCCGACCAUGUAUUCGAGAACCUCCGAAGAAGUAGAAGAUCUUUGUAAAAAACCCGACCUAAACCAACCACAAUUUGGUGCAAGUCAACUAUCCUGGACAAUGCUUUCUGUAAAUCCGAGCUCGCUAUUAGCUAUUGCGGCCAUCAUAUUAUUCAUAAUGGUUAUUAUUACAAUAAGCCGAGUAGCCUGGACUAUAUUAUCAAAAGUUGGAGAAAAAGUAAAAAUCGAAUUUAAAACAGAGGACGAAGAAAUGCAUCGUCUGCAAAAUUUUUCGAUUGAAGAACAUUCAUAUUUAAGCAGAAAGUUAAUUGAAGUCCUCGAAGAAAAAACUGAAUUGACUAAACAAAUAACAGUUCUGACAAAUGAAUAUAGAGAAAUCAAAACACAAAAUACAUAUUUGUUCCAACAGUGUGAAGCCCUAACAGAAGAAUUAAACAUCACUAAGACAGAGUUUCAAUCUUUGUUAGAGAGAUCGCAAGCUGCAGAGGCUAAAUUUAGAGAAUUCAGUCGAAUAUUAGCCAAACACAAAGAAAUAGAAAAUAAAAUCCUAGAUUUGGAUCUAACUUUGGAUAAUGAAGUUGUUAAAUUGACCAAAAGCCUCUCCAAAUUUGUCAAUCAAGGGCAGCAACCAUUAUCAUCUGAACUUGAAUACAGUACUGAGAGUAGUGAGCAGUUACUGGAAAUAGAUGAUAAGAAUGAUAAUUGUAUGCUAAAGAGUAUGGACAUGCCUUGUGGGGAGACUAAAAGACCUCCUUCUACUCGAUGCUCGGAUGCCAAUCUAAAUGCAGUCACAGAAUCAGAAAUGGAUUUAUUGGAAAAACUGAAAGGAGUGGAAGAACGUUUUGGAGUUUCAAUCUUGAACAGUAAUUAUUUGGACCACUCAACAUUGCAGGCCAUCUUUUCUUAUACCAAUCAAAGCCGAGAAAAACUAGAAGAAUUGGAACUAAACGCUGAAGAUUCAACCAUGGAUAGUGAAGAACAUGACAUCCAAAUCAAUGAAAUAUUGGAACCCAAGUUCACUCUUUCUGGUGACCAAAGAAAACUCAACGAAUUGGAAAAAAAAUCUGGAAAUUUGACCACAAUAUAUGAAAAAUCUGAAGGCUCAACUUAUGAAACCUUGGAGGCAAUUUCCUCAAUCAGCAUUUCUGGAAACUCUAAUGAUGCUCUAAAUACCACCCAAAGCCAGUCCGUAAACACAAUUUCUGAAAACUCCAUUGAAAGUCUAAAUCUCGAUCUGAAUAACACCCAAAGCCAGGUAAAAAUCGAUUCAAAAAGAUCAACCGCAAUUAUGAGUGAUGAAUAUGAAAAACGUGAUGAACAAUCAAGUCAUGAAAUCUUGAAGGAAAUAUUUUCCAAAAUAAGAAUUUCGGAAAACUCCACCGAUGCUUUAAAUAACACAGAAAGCAAGACAAAAAUGAAUGUAAAAAAUUCAACUACAAUUAUUAGUGAUGAAUAUGACAAUGCAAGUUAUGCAACUUUUGAGUCCGCUGUUACAAGUUCUGGAAACUUAGCUAAUGCCGAGGCCAAUGCUCUAAAUACCACCCAAGCCCAGGUUAAACUCAAAGAGUUUGAAGCAAAUUUGAGAAAUUCAACCACAAUUAUUAGUGAUGGUGGUGAAAAUGACAAUUCAAGUUAUGAAACCUUAGAGUCCGCAAUCACCUCUUCUGGAAACUCCACAGAUGAUCUGAAUGCCACCCAAGUCCAAAGCACACUUACUAGGAACAACAGCGAGUGGGAGACAGAAAGUAUUGAAUCCAGUCCUGAAACACCUUGUUGGUAUCAGAAAUUUGUGGAAGUAACUAGAAAAUACAUUAUCGAACCUCCAAAGAUCCAAGAUACACUGAGCGUUACUCUGCCGAAGCACUUGGGCAACAUGCGGAAUAGAUUAACUACUACUGACAAAUUCGGCCCAACAACACAAUUAGUACAAGAACCUAAGGGACUAGUAACCAGUUCUAUAGCUUUUAAAAACUUUAUGAAAAAUCUAAAUGAAUUGAAUGCUCCCGAGGAUGCUCCGUAGAAAAAUCUUUCGAUCAACUAAGAAAUUUUAUGUUUAAAUAUAUUUCACUGAGUAGAAUAAUAUAUUGACUUUUUUGAUUUAACUAAAUGAUUGUUUUUUUUUU